AUGAUUGAUUCCUCGAGGAGGGAACAAGAAUGUUCGCGCUUGUUGCCUAAAGGGAGUCAACCGUCCACGCUAGCGGCAAACCACGAAAUGGCAAAGGACCUUCCGUUCUCAGACCGCGGCGAUUUUGAGGAUGCUAUCCGAGGAUAUGUUGGCUCAAUACACGAUGAGCAAAUACUAGGUUCUGAUGGCAGUAUAGUAUGGAGCAUGAAGCCGUAUGAUUUUUUGAAAACAGAUAAUUCCUCAGCUACUGUUAAUCCCAGUCUGUGGAGGCAAGCGCAACUCAAUGCAAUUCAUGGACUUUUUGAAAUCACCAAUGGUGUUUAUCAGAUAAGGGGGCUAGACAUUGCAAAUAUGACUAUAAUUGAAGGCGAUACCUCCUUAAUAAUCAUAGAUACUCUUUUCACUACGGAGACAGCCCGGGAAUCAUUGAAACUUUACUAUGAGCAUCGCCCUCAAAAGCCUGUGGGUACCGUAAUAUAUACGCAUAGUCAUUCCGACCAUUACGGGGGAGUUAAAGGUGUGGUUAACGAAGCAGAUGUAAAAGCCGGAAAGGUACAAAUAAUUGCGCCAGUAGGUUUCAUGGAAAGCGUUGUAGCGGAAAACUUCCUAGCAGGGAACGCGAUGCAUCGACGUGCACAGUAUCAAUUCGGUAUGUUACUUCCUAAGGGAACACGAGGGCUUGUUGAUUGUGGGAUAGGAAAAGCAGCAUCCCAUGGCACUGUUACACUGAUUGCGCCAACAAGUACUGUUGCAGAUCCGUUCGAAGAACGAACAAUUGACGGUGUUGAGUUUGUAUUCCAGCUUGUUCCAGGAUCGGAAGCUCCUUCAGAAAUGCUUAUUUACUUGCCACAACAGCGCAUACUCAAUAUGGCUGAAGAUGUCACGCACCAUAUGCAUAAUUUGUACGCUAUUCGAGGUGUCGAGGUACGUGACGGUAAUCAGUGGGCCAAAUACAUUGAUGCGGCUCGCGUAGCUUUUGGUGGCCAAACAGAUAUUUUAAUUGCCCAACAUCACUGGCCCACCACAGGGCGGGAGCGCGUCAACGCAGUACUGAAGAAGCAGCGUGAUAUGUAUAAAUUUAUUCAUGACCAAACCCUUAGAUUACUUAAUCAAGGUUACACUAGUAGAGACAUUUCCGAGAUUCUUCGUAUGCCGUCCAACCUUGAGCAUGAAUGGUCAACACGAGGCUACUACGGUACCCUAAGUCAUAAUGUAAAGGGUGUGUAUCAGAAAUAUAUGGGAUGGUAUGAUGCCAACCCAGCCAAUCUUAACCCAUUGCCACCUGUGGCCAGUGCGAAGAAGGUAAUAGAGUAUAUGGGGGGCGCUGAGGCUGUGUUAGCGCGGGCUUACAAGGACUUCCAAAAAGGCGAGUUUCGUUGGGUUGCAAGCGUUGUGAAUAAACUAGUUUUUGCUGAGCCAGCCAACCGUCAGGCCCGGGAGCUUUGUGCUGAUGCAUUGGAACAAUUAGGGUAUCAGUCAGAAGCAAGCACAUGGCGUAGCGCAUACCUGGUAGGCGCUAUGGAAUUGCGUGAGGGUGUGCCAAAAAGACCAAGUACCGGUAAACGCAAUAACCUUGGCGCACUAAAUAAUGCAAUGCUAUUUGACUUCCUUGCCGUGAGAUUAAAUGCAAGCAGGGCGGAAGGUAUGUUGAUUGUUGCAAAUUGGUGCUUCGUUGAUUCAAAUGAACGGUUUGUUCUUACUCUGGAAAACUGUGCCCUAACGAAUGUGAGAGGUUUACAGGCAGAUGUAGAUGCAACGGUUACUCUUAGUAGAGACACAUUGGAAGCAUUAAUAGAUAAGGAAACUAAUUUGGAUGAUGCUGUAAAGAAAGAAAAAGUGUCAAUUGAAGGUGAUCAACUAAAAAUUGAACAAUUUUGGACCUUGUUCGAUGAUUUUGACCAAUCUUUUCCUGUGAUCGAACCCAUGAAAUAA